AAGGCGUCGUGACGUAUAGCUGAUAGAGAGUUCAGAGGAGUUAGAGUAAAAUACUUAGAAAUGAAAUUCAAGAAGGCAGUAGACAGUAAAUCAUGGAUGUUUUGUUUUAGAUAAAGCUCUACAAUGAGUUUUUUUUAAACGUGAGGUCUCUUUAGAAAAUACAACGACGUGUUUGUGACGAGAUUAGUAGCUGGGCAGCUAAAAGCUAGCGUGAUAUUUUGAUUCAUGAACCUAACUUAUUUAUCUGUCUAUCUAUUGUGCUUCAACAAUACGGUUUACAACUGAGUGUAGCCUGUAAAUGCAUCAUUUAUAACAGGUUGAUACAUGAGCAGGUAGAAGCCAACCAAUCCAUUUGAGGUCAUCUGUGUUGUUGUUAAUAAAUCUACAUUGUUUCCUGCUACAUUACAGGUAGCUGCUCUCUGUCAGUAAACAUGUGCAGCAUCCACACAGUGUUAGUUUUGUCUGUCUUAGUAUUAGUCAGCUUCACACCUGUACAGGUACUGGAGUUCUGCCACAGUCAGGACAUGAAGGCAUCAAACACAUUCAAGUCCAGGUGGAACAUGAGUUCAAACCUCAUGCAAGACCUGGACCAGUUCAGAGUGUCCUGCACGAAGCUCAUAGAGUCAUUCCCAAUCGAUGAGCUCGAUGGCAACUUUGUUCGUAAUGUCAAAAACUGCAUUUUCUCCAAAUCUAUUCCAACUCCACUAAAAGGCCCGCUGAGAUUGGCAGCAGUUUCCAAGGAUGUCAUUGAAGGCAUCUUGGAUUUCAACGUGGCAGUGACUCAGUCUGACGACUUUCUGAAUUAUGCCAGUGGUGGCCGACUGGUGCCAGGAUGUGAACCGCUCGCACACAGAUACGGAGGUCAUCAGUUUGGCUACUGGGCCGGCCAGCUUGGUGACGGUCGAGCACAUUCCCUUGGUCAGUAUACAAACAGGAAAGGAGAAGUUUGGGAACUGCAGCUUAAAGGCUCUGGGAAAACCCCUUACUCACGAUCAGGAGACGGUCGAGCCGUGAUCCGCUCUUCUGUUCGAGAGUUCCUGUGCAGCGAGGCCAUGUUUUCCCUCGGUGUUCAGACCAGCAGGGCUGCCAGUCUGAUUGUGAGUGACGAGCCGGUGUUCAGGGAUCAGUUCUACAAUGGCAAAGUGAAGACAGAGAGAGGAGCUGUUGUUCUCCGGUUAGCCAGGUCCUGGUUUCGGAUCGGAUCUUUAGAGAUUCUGUCACAAAGUGGAGAAGUAGAUCUCCUGAGAAAGCUGCUGAACUUUGUGAUAGAUGAACAUUUUACUUCAAUCAAUUCAGAGGACCCAGAGAAAUAUUUGGUGUUUUAUUCCCAUGUUGUAAAUGAAACUGCUCACCUGAUCGCACAGUGGAUGUCCGUCGGUUUCGCACACGGUGUUUGCAACACGGACAACUUCAGCCUGCUCUCCAUCACCAUCGACUACGGACCGUUUGGCUUCAUGGAGGCGUAUAACCCCGAGUUUGUCCCCAACACCUCUGACGAUGAGGGUAGAUACAGGAUAGGAGCUCAGGCCAACGUUGGAUUGUUCAACCUGGAGAAGCUCCUGAUGGCUCUGAGUCCUGUGCUUUCCAAAAGACAGCAGAAGAUGGCUAACACUAUUUUAAAAGGAUAUGUGGAUAUUUAUCAGAUGAGGAUCCACCAGCUGUUUAAAGCUAAACUGGGGCUUCUGGGUGAAGAGGUGGAUGAUGGCUAUAUUAUUGCCUUCCUGCUGAAGAUGAUGGAGGAAACUCAGUCAGACUUCACCAUGACGUUCAGGCAGCUCAGUGAACUUUCAGCCAAACGGCUUCACAACAGGAACUUCACACAGAUGUGGGCUCUUGAAGACUUGUCAUCCCAUGCGCUCUUCUCUGAUUGGCUCAGCUCGUACCUGCUGCGGCUCAGCAAACAAGAAGAAGAAAAUGAAGCGGGUCGUCGAAACAGAAUGAAAAAUGUGAAUCCGAGAUACGUGCUGAGGAACUGGAUGGCAGAGUCGGCCAUCAGGAAAGCUGAGAUGGAUGAUUUCUCAGAGGUGGAGCUGCUGCACCACAUCCUGUCCUCUCCCUUUGUUACACAAGAGACUGCAGAGGAGGCGGGCUAUGCAGCAAGACCUCCACAGUGGGCGAGAAUGUUAAAGGUCAGCUGUUCCUCUUGAGUGAAACCUGGAUGUAGAAAAAAGACUCAAAAUAAAAACCUUCAAAUAAACUCAUUUGUCAUUAAA